AUGGCCCACCUGGCUCUCACCCUGGCUGUGCUGGCAAUGACCGUGGCCACCACGGCCUACAAGAAGAAGACCCUGGACAUGGCCCCGUACUCCUUUGAUGACCAGUACCGAGGCUGCGGCUCUGCCAUGAAGGCAAAGCUUCCGGCCCUGAAACGCUCCGAGUUCCAGAAGAAUCGUCUGUUUGCCAAGGGCUGGCAAAGGGCCGUGGCUGAGUGGCAGAGCCGGGGGUCCCGUGUGUCCCCUCUGUCAUCCUCAGACCAGGCCAUCGCCAUCGUGGCCUACACCAUGAAUGACCUGUUCAAGGAGUUCAACAACAAAGUGAGAGUGGCCGGGCGCUACCGCUGGGUAUAUCGGAAGUGGUUCCACUUCAAAGCUCUGCAUUUCCUGCUGACCGACGCCCUGGCCACGCUGAGGGCUGCUCAGGGACAGAAAUGUCACCGUGUGUACCGGGGGGUGGACAAUUACCUGUUUGCCGCAAAGCGUGGCAACACCGUCCGGUUCGGUCAAUUUGCAUCAGCGUCGCUUUGCGAACGUGUCGCCAGAAGAUUCGGGAAAACCACGAUGUUCAAGGUGCAGACGUGUCACGGAGCGUACAUCAAAGCGUUCUCCAAAUUUUCCAAAGAGGAGGAGGUGUUGAUCCCACCCUUUGAGAAGUUCAAUGUCACCAACGUCAUCAAGAAAGGGAAAAAGGUGGAAAUCUACCUCGAGUCCAUCGGGACCUACAGCAAAUACAACUGCGAGUGGCUGAAAGACAGUGCUGUGGAGACAGACCCUGGAUGUGGGUGGGCCGGGACCCCCCCAUUGUACCCCCUGAACCCAUCACCCCUGGCACCCCCUGGCACCCCUUGUCACCUCCUGUCACUCCCUGUCACCCCCCAUGUCCCCCCCAUCACCCCUGUCACCCCUAAGCCCACCAUGACCCCCCUGACCUCCCUGGCCUUUGCACCCCCCCAUUUCAACAGUGCCCACAACUUGGGGGCGGUGGCCAAGGCGCAGUGA